AUGGCCGAAAACAAGCAGAAUCAAGAUGAUGUUCUCACAUGUUCUAUAUGUAUGGCAACAUUCCGGGAACCAGUAAUGCUACCCUGUCAGCACAGUUUUUGUAGAGAAUGCAUUGGUUUGUAUGCUGACAAGUCCAAACCUGUACAGACAGAUGAGACCUCUGGCGGCACGGGGAAUGAGGACGUUCACCAGCUGAUAGCAUGCCCAGUGUGUCGGGCACCGACCAGUCUGGGGAGAGAAAGUGUGGCUGGUCUGCCUCCCAACUUUCACCUGGCGGAAAUUGUGGAGAAGUUCUCUGCUGUAAAGGCUGAGGAUGACAUCCCAUAUUGUUCUAUGUGUGAGGACAAACAUACUAAAGCUGUCAAGUUUUGUACCAACUGCAAUGUGUUGUACUGUCAGGAAUGUCUUACAAAUUACCAUCCAACGAGGGGGCCUCUAAAACGUCAUCGACUGAUUUCCUCCCUGGAGUACCUCUCCCAGGAAAUCUCACAGGGCCAAGUUAGCAGGGACCACCAAUCAACUCAGCAGCCGUCAUGUGCUAGACACGGUCAGCCAUUCAUCUUGUACUGUGUACCAUGCAGGAUGGUGAUCUGUCUGGGGUGUGUGGUUGAGCAUCCGGAACAUGCUAUGCGGGACAUACCAUCUGCAGCUGCGAAUGACAAGUCUGCUGUUUUACACAAGACUAGUGAACUGGAGAAAGUCUUACAAGAAUCUAAAGAAUCACUGUCAGGAGUUAUAAGGCUGCACAAGAAGAUACAGGAAAACCAGGAACUUCACACUCAGGAGGUAGAAAAGGCUUAUUGUGCAGCCUUGGAAUCUUUACAAGCCUGGAGACAGCAAUCCAUAGAUGGCAUAAAAACCCGCUAUUCACAGUGGAGUGUGGAGUGUAGUGCUAUACUCAAACAUUACCAGCUACAGGCCCAGGAAAUUGAGAGGAUGGUACAAGAUUCCAAAGAUUUAUUAGCGUCAAUGGACGUCGAGUGUUUAAAGGGUUCCACGGGCUUCACCAAAACAAUUGAUGACCAGCUGAAUGAGAUUAGAGCGGAUCUGGAGAAACAUGAAGUCAACCAACAGAAACUUCUAGAUUUCGUACAACAUGAUCUUGUCUUCCCUAGACACGUGACAGUCAAGGAGACAAUGCAAGGAAGUCAGGACUUAGAAGCAGCAGUCGGUGGUCAAAUGUCACGCCUACGUGUCACAAAGCCGACGCUGAGAUUCACAGAGACAGACGACAGGAAGCUGAGAAUCACUGACAGCGGCUGUGUGGUAAAGGCUGAGGGCUCGUCCGUGUGGAGGUGGAGGAGAGCUGUGACAGACGGGCGUUACCAGACGGGCAGGUACUACUGGGAGCUACACAUCACCUGUUCACAUGACUGUUACUGUCGUGUAGGAGUGACACAGGAGAGCUGUGAUGUGAGUGAGGAGACAGACCCUGGCCGUAACUCCUGGUACAUUGAGAUGUUGUACAGUGGUGAUGAGGUCAAGUGUUAUAGUCACUGUGCUGGUGGUGAGAUCAAACCUGGCUAUCUACAGGACAGACGUUACACACGACCUCAUCACCUGGGUGUGUACCUGGACUGUGAUGACCACAAACUGACAGUCCUGGACUGUGACAACAACCAGGUAAUGUACACAGUCAGUGGUGUUAUCGUCACAGAGCCUCUCGUGCCAUGGGUUGAGUUUGUCGGGUAUGGAUCUGUGUCUGCUCGUCUGGUAACGGGUGACUCUGCACAUCUGCCUCCAGUUCUCUGUGAUAUGAUAAGCACUUCCUGCCCAUCGGGAUUCAGUGAUAUUUUGCCGUUUUCUGUCUUUUGUGUUGCAAAGUCUGAGAAAUGUGCUAAAUAA